CCGGCCAUAUCGCCUGAGGCACGCCCACGCUCCUCUGCUCCUGUAGUUGAUCUCCCGGGUGAGGUCGCCAUGUUCGUUGACUACGCCACCGAUGUACCGGAACUCGGUCGUCUGGGCAUAUUUCUGUCCCGCGGCUUCGAUGGUCAGUGGUGGAGGCUGCGGGGCAGGCUGUGAUGUUGUAGUCGGCUUGUCCUUUGCGCGCAUCAGGAGCGUCUCCGUCUUCUUCUCCGACACCGUUAGCCCGAACUCCCCGAACACGUCAACGAUGAUGGUCAUCAUUCUCGCCAGUCCUUCUGCAGACCUUGAAACGACGCCGGCAUCAUCGGCAUACAGCACCCCCCAUACUGCCCUCCGUACUCGGUCA